UGUCCCUGUUUGUUUUGUACAAUAUAUGAUUCUCUCACCUCAGAGGUGGGAGGUGGCAGCUGUUUAACAGCACACAGCAGCACCACACAAGAGUUUAGGACAGGCAGUGAAGAAGAGUAUCAUGUCCAAUUGAAACUACAAGGGGCAGUUUUAGUUCUGUGGAUAUGUCCCAGAAGGAUCCCUGCCAGAAACAAGCCUGUGAAAUACAGAAAUGCUUGCAAGCCAACAACUAUCUGGAGGCUAGAUGUGAGGCUGUGCUCCAAGAGAUGAGAAGAUGCUGCGCCCUAUGCCCUAAGGGCAGAUCCAUCUGUUGUUCGGGGUUUGAGAAAGAGGAAAGAGAGAGGGAGAAGCUUAAGGCAGCUUCAAAUGGGAUUCAUGCAGCACCACAGUAACAGGCUGCAGCUCCAGCUCCAGGAGGUUAUGGAGUGUGGGCCUCUCCUACAGACAAAGUAGCAUGCAAGUGGCAAAUAAGAAAAAAACAGUUAAAAUAAUGCAUUAUCCACACUGAUAAGGAAGCCAGAGAAGAAUCCAUCAUAGAAUAAAACAUCCUGUGCACCAAAUGUAAAAUGCAAUACAACAGAUGGGCUGUUCAAAGGAUUCUGUUUUCUAUCCCAAACUUGUGACUUACAGUACAUUAUAUCUCUCUAAAUACAGUUUGUUUCUGAUGCUUAAUGUACUCAGUAAUCCAUUCUCAGAAUAAGAAUUUGAGGGUGAAAUAUAAAACUUUUUCAGCCUUCUGGCAUAGGACGUACAGGAAAUAAGUUCAAGGAGAGUCUAUUGAAUGUGAUGCAUUAAGCAAGACCAUCUUUGAGUAGCAGAAAUAUUCCUAUCAUUGAGCCAUAGUUUCCCAAAGACAUGAUCUGCUUUUCUAGUGCUUAAAGCAAGAAUGGGAUUCAGCUCUGGGCUUUAUUCCCAGCUCUGCCACAAUUUGUCUGUGCCCAUAAGUCACUUCACCGAGGUGCCUGUUUCCUCAGUUGUGCAAUGGGAUAUUGGACUAAUGAAUAGUUGGACCACAUUGCACAAUAGUAGUUAUAUGAUCUUAAAGAUGUUGUAGAAGCAUUUUAUUUCAGGGACUGAUAAAGGAAUAGAUUCUUUUAAGUAAUAUUUAUGGAAAACCGAGGUGUUGGUAUGAAAUGGAUUUUUAUGAUGUUCAGUCAUCUUGUAUGACUGAACAUCUCUAAGCAAUAUGACAUGCAAUGAAUGUGAGAGAUGACAAUGCCCCUUUACACAUAGUUCUAUCAUACAAAGCCUAAGCGACUUUGUGCACUUCAGGGUGAUCAUUACACUAUCAAGCACAACUUAGUUAAGAAAUAUAGGUUUUUAUGAACAAUAACAGACCACUGCAGUUACUGGACAUAAUAGGCAGAUGCAUCAAAGCACACAUGAUAGAUCCAUUUAUGUUUUGCAUUCUAAAUACCUUGAUACAAAAUAAAUGACUGGAAUAAUCUGA